AUGCGCUAUUCCAAGGAGAUCGAGAAAGCACUCAGCAACCAAGGUCUGCACCACGAUGGUUUUGCUACGCAGAAUGGAAACACGCUCCAAGAUGAAGUAAAUGUAGGCAGUGGACAGCAACGACCUGCGGGAUCAUUGAGUGUCCGCGUGCUCGAAGGAUCAUCACAGUUCGGUCACUUAGGGGAAGAGAGAUGGCAGCUUCUUCCAGAGCCGACGUCGGAUGAAGCACUUCCAACAGCGCCGAACAUGGCAUGUAUGAGGGAUAUUCCGCCAUCAGCCGCCACUCCACAAGCCGACAUCCCUCAACUUCCGACGUUUCAAGCUAGAUAUUUGGCUUCUGAGGAUUCAACAAGCUCUCCGCAAACGCCUAACCAUGGGACUGAUGCAGUACAAAACUUCGAAAGACCAUCGAAUUCGAGAGAAUGUAUAAUUGCGGCGGCCUACCCCUUCCUGGACACUGAUUUCGUCUCCCGGAUACCGACUGAAGAUUUCGAGUAUCUCGAUCACAUUGGCUGUUUCCAACUACCUCAGCAGAAUUGCCUUGAUGAACUCGUUCAGGCAUACUUUCUUUAUCUCCAUCCACAUUUACCAAUGAUCGAUGAGGGAAAUUUCUGGGAGACAUAUCUGAGCAGUCAAUCGGGUUCUCACCACACUGCUCGCGUUUCUUUGUUUGUCUUUCAAGCAAUGAUGCUAGGAGCGUGCAGCUUUGUAUCCUUGUCGACGAUUCAGGAUCUAGGCUUCCGGAGUGUACGCGAGGCACGCUCGGUCUACUAUCGCCGCGUCAAGGCCUUGUAUGAUUUCGAUACUGAGAGAAGCGACCUGGCGAAAGCUCAAGGGGCAUUACUGAUGACAUUCCACGUACCACUCAACCAGCCACAGAUCAAUACCUACUGGCUGCGCAUAGCCACUCAGCUUGCCAAAAUGGACGGCGCAGAUCGAUACUCUGCGUAUGCAGGUCCAGACUUCGCGAGACACAAUCAGCUAAAACGGGUCUGGUGGAGUUGUAUAAUCCGAGAAAGAACUAUGUCACUGGGGCUUCGCAGGCCCAUAUCUAUUUUGUCGUCAUGUUUCGACGAAGUAUGGCCACCGUUGACAGAAGACGACUUGAAGAGCGAAAUCGGCCGAUCAUUCGUGCGCAGCGUCCCAGCCAAGAUGAAGCUACUACAAUCUCUGUCGGCCCUAUGCAAACUCUGUGCUGUCCUCACCAACAUCCUUCAGAUGUUGUAUCCCGCUAAUGGCGCCCAAGCAUCUGGAGAUCGUCUUGAUCUUCUGAAGCGCAUUUACACCUAUACAGAGGAGCUGAAUGAAUGGUAUGACGGAGUAGCCAGCAACAUCGGGCCACAUGACCAACACGACAAAAUCUUUGGUGUUGUCACUCUCUACACGAAUCUUCUCACCAUCUACUUCCAUUCUGCAAAAGCCGCUUUGUGCAAUUAUCGUAUCAUGCUUACACUGAACAAGCCUGCGCAAUACAACUUUGAACGACUACAGACAAAAAACGAACUUCAGGAUGCCCUACGCGGCAUUGCGCGGAGCUUGCGGGCGAUUAUAGAUGCCGGCAUGAUAACUUACUCUCCCGUUAGUAUGGUGGCUUUCCUAGCCCUGCCCUCAAUAUGCUACAACCUGGAUCUGAGCAGCCAUACAAACAAGCAAAAAACCAUCCGCAGCCCUGGAACCAAUAUCUACCAAGAUUUUCUCCGAGCGCUUCAGUUGAGAUACGAAGGUACAGAUAGGGCUCUCAACAAUAUGUCGAAACUAGUAGGUCACAUGGAUUUAGAGGACGUAACUUCGCCGUCAACGGCACAAACCAGAUCCGAAAACAAUGCAACAGGGCACAAAGAGUUUGACCGCAUUCUUGGGAUGUCGGCUCCUGCAAAGAGAGGGGGCGGCAUCGAUAUUGUGACCUCUGACCCACAGAAGUACAUCCAGAUGAGCCAAACAUUGGAUUUCUUUCUGUCGCGUGGUCGAUUCCCCACGAAAUACGACAACCCACCAGAUCCUGUGUCGUCACCAGUCGAAAGUCACGGGUCGCCCAACCCGCGCCCAAUGGACGACUUGGUGGUUGGGCAAACGAGCAGCACCGUGGAAAGGUCCCAACGCGCUGGGGAUGCAGAUUUGCCCGGUCACGCCAUUGCCGAUCCCUCCAUCUGGCCAGCUUCAUCCACAGGCUCGAACAGCUUGCUGGCACCGGGGGGAGCUGGAACGGGCAGCACGGAGCUAUCCACCAUGCUCACGGAUGACGCCUUUGACCAGGCCGCCUCCAGUCUGGGCUUCUCUUUCGAGGACUUUAUGACGGACGGGCCGGAUUCGGGUAUUGAGCGACUGCAGAACAUGCUCUAUACAUACCCCGAUUGGCCGUGA